AGCAUUUGCCUUUCUUCGAUUAUUGUAAGAAUGUUCGGUCAUUCACCUUUUCUUCAUUAAGAAUCAAGAUUUUCCCGCUGCUAGUACCAAUGAGAAUGUCAUUUUCUUCGUUGAGUUCUUCCAGAAAUGGUUUGCCCACCGUUAGACAAAUGAUGGGAUCGUCCAGCUUUCGUUUCCAUGAAACAUCAAAGCUCAGCUGUAACCCUUCUGCAGUGAUACGGGGUCGUUUCGAGGUGCGGUCGGGUUAUGCAACAAAACCAGUUUUUUUAGCCCAUUCAAUGAAAACGCAGACCAAUAUCAAAACGUUCAAAGCCAUAACCAUUCCAAGCUUACAAAAGUUUCAUUCUCUCGCUAAUUGCCUCUAUCGCGAGAGUAAGACUUCUGGUGUGGAAGCUAUUGAACACGAUCCCUCAAAUGACAAAAUCUUCACUGUCAGACCCGUCUCUCUUUGGAUGGACAAGCUACUCGAGACUGAAAGAAGUAAGCAAGUAAAAAAGGAAUCACUCAGCCCUGGUGUAGAGCGUCAAGUUGUUGAGAAGACGAUGGCUGAUAGUUAUAUGGAGCAAUAUCUACCUUUGAAAUCAUCUCCCCAGUUAUUGGACGAAUACAUCUUUUUUGAUGGUCGCGUAAGACUAGGAAAAAUUUUAGAAGAUUUGGAUGCACUGGCAGGUGCCAUUGCAUACAAGCACGUGGAUAACCCCGUAGAUGCUCCGCCAGUUACUAUUGUUACUGCUUCCGUCGACAGACUCGAUCUCCUACUUCCUAACAAGCCUGUAGACUUGAAGCUUUCUGGACAUGUUGCCUAUGUUGGCAAGAGUUCCAUGGAAAUUUUCAUCAAGGUUGAGGAAGUGUCGGACUUUAAGCCGUCAGAUAAAGCAUCGACAUGCCCACCAUCCGACUUUACUAGUUUUUCAGCCAACACCUUGCUUGCAACCCGUUUCACCAUGGUAGCCAUUGAUUCUGCCACUCUCAAAAGCGUUAAAGUCAAUUCUCUAAAGUUGCUAUCACCAGCCGAUCAUAGGCUUUUCCGCUUUGCUGAGGAUAGCAAAGCACGUAAGCGUAGAGCUGCUGAAGUAUCUCUCAGCAAAACACCUCCUACGCAAGAAGAAAGAUUGCAUAUUCACGAUGUUUAUUUGAAAUACUCGGAAUACGACGAUAAUAAGAAGCCAUUGCCAAAGGACAUGGCUUGGAUUGAGGAUACGAAAAUGGAGAGUAACUUCAUUAUGCAACCCCAAGAUCGAAACAUUCAUAACAACAUUUUUGGUGGAUAUCUUAUGCGACGUGCUUACGAAUUGGCCUUUGCCGACGCCAGUAUCUUUCUCAAAUCAAGAUGUGCGAACUUGCUUUCCAUGGACGAAGUUAUCUUCCAACGACCAGUCCAUGUUGGAUCACUGUUAAAACUGACCUCGCACAUUGUGUACGCAGAAGGAUAUCCACACCGGUCUUUCCAAGUACGAGUAGUUGCUGAGGUAGCGGAUAUUGAGAAAGAUUUGUUGGAAGUCACCAAUAUAUUCUACUUCACACUUUCUACUCGCGAUCCCAAUGGCAAUCGAUCGGAUGAACAUCGAGACAUGGAAGAACCAGCUGUUCGUCGCAUUCUUCCUCAUACGUACGGUGAAAGUAUGUUAUGGCUUGAAGGAAAGCGACGCAGAACUCAAGGUGUACGAGCCCGACAGGCUCUGAUGAAGCUGAUCACACCGGAAGGAACCCAAAACGAGAAUAUGUAAUGGCCAAAAAUUAAUUUUUUUUUUUCGUACUUUUAUUACUUAAAUUUAUAUGAUACUCCAGCUGUACUUUGCGAUUAUUAAGUAGUGGAUAUAAACAGCCAUCUAUAGAAUUUCCAUUCAAUACAUUACGGUCGAUAUGAAUU